CUUGGACGAUUUCGACGAUUGGGACGAUUUUGCGAUGGAUUUCUGGGGCAUUUUUAUGUUCUUCCUAUUGACGUUCCUCGUCAUGAGCUGCUGUGGCUAUUGUUGCACGAGCAAACGUCGCGGCACUGUGCUCUCAACCGUGACGUCACAAGCGUCUACUUGGCUUGCCAUAUCUUAUCUGAUAAACGCGUCGCUCUUCUGGCCGUGUUGCUUCAAGCCCAGUUAACAAGCGAAUGCCUUAAAACCAGCCAUAAGCACGCAUGCGGCAUUAUUUACCGCCAAGCCUUAAAGAAAUGCACAACGCGUAGCCCCCAAAGUGGACAUUUUAACACUGUAUCAAAUGCCAAAAAAAUCGAAUUUAUAGUUUUAAAAGUAUUUAUUUAAAUAAAUAAAAACAAAAACAAAGACAAAAUGGCGCACGAGCCCAACGAGAAGGAUCUGGAAAUCUCUACAAUAGUCCUCAUCUGCCUGUUUGUCAUUGUUCUCGUGGCCAUUCUGACGAUCAUCGUACGGAACAUCUCUCAGAAGCGUAAACAACGAUCUGGUUACCUUAUCGAUAAUUCCCCAGAAGCAGCUCUCAUAGCUUUAGAUGUUGCAACCGAUGUGGCAUCUGUUGACGGCGCUUGUGAGGAUUGUUACUUUGGUGGAUCUGAUGAUACGGUUGAGUGUUGUCUUUGAAACCUGCAUCUAUUAAAGGAUAUUAUGUGACUUAUUUACUCAAAUAUAAUAUAUACUCGAAUUAUUUCCAAAUAUAACAUAAUGCAUUUACAAAUGUAUUUAUAUAACAUCAGUCUGAUGUAUAUUAUUGCACUUAAGCAACUUCAACCAUUGCCAGAUUUCCAUGCCAAACACAUUUUCUAAGAACAUAGAAAAAAUGCCAGAAAAAUGAUCAAAUAUUCCAUAUAUUUUUAUUUGUAUAUAAAAUACAGAGACCUGCCAUUUAUUUACAACAGAACAUACAACAUUUAUUAACGGAAAAGUUUCAAUCUUGAACCUAAUCAGAAUUGAAAUAUUUUAAAUAUAUAUACUUAUAUAUAUUUAAAACAUUUUCAUAUUCAAUAUGUACAUUUUUAUGCACACAAAAGUGCCAUAAAUUGUUUUAAAAAAAAUUAAUAUUGUGCCAACAAUUGUUUAAAAAAUUAUGGAAAAUUUUUUUAAAUUGUUAUCUCAGGAAUACAUAAGACUUAAACAAGUUCCAACAAAACCUCAUAUGCCUGCAAAGUUUUUAAACUUUAAGUUUUGAACUGCUUAAAACAGACUUAUUUUAAGAAGAAAA